GUUCCACAGAAUCACAAGCCAACCUUUCCUCCACUCACUGCCUAGUUGUCUCCCCAUCUUCACUAGAUUCACCCCCCAAUUUCUUUGUCUUCUUCUUCCUAAAAGCCUCAUUGUGUAGACAGGAAUCUUUAGCACACAGACAUCACAGAUAGAUCACUCUCUGCUGUCCAUUUGACCAAGAAGGUCACCCAUUAUCUCAGCUUCUUACACACAUUCCUACAGCCAAACCACCCUUCUAUAUAUGACUAAAGGGUCUCAAAAUAUCAAAGCAUAAUAUGCAGCAGAUUCUUCAUUGGCUCUUUAAGCUACCACAAGAACAAGCAAGGGAGUCUAAUAAGCACAAUACAAUUGAUCAAGAAACUGAAGGAAGAGAUAUAAUUCUGUUUAAGUACAGUGGGAGUCAUCAAAGAUCAGCAAGAGGCAAAGAAAAUAAAUUUAGUAGAAGGGGUUUUAGACAAUUUGUAAUUUUAUGCAGAAAGGAUGUUGCAUCUGCUUGCUUCUAUAGCACAAUCAAUUUGAAAAGACUUGAUAGCUUCAAUAGAAGGAAGCAGCAGCAGCAUUGGGUGUACUCUAUGAAGAUGAAGAAAGAAGAAGAAAUUGCUAAAGAACAAAGCAUGAAUAAUAAAAUGGAUUCAGCUACUCAUGCAGGCAAUAAAGUUCUGCCUAUAACUGAUACAACAUCAUUGUCUUCCUUAUCAGCUAACUCAAAUAUUGGCCAACGUGGCUCAUUGGAGAAGAAAAAUACCCUUAAAGGGGAUAAAACCAAAGCCAUGUCUAGAAUGAAGGAGCUACUCAGAUGGGCUUCUGCUGCAAAAUCUGAGAAGAAAGGGAACUUCAUAGGAAGAAAGGUUCUACACUUUAGAAAUAAAGCAACACUUAAAGCAGUGCCAGAUGAUGAUCAACUGAGCAAUGAAUCACCAAAGAUCAGUUUCAGAUGGGAUGUUGAAAGCUGCUCCACCACUUCUUCUGUAUAUUCAGCCAUUUCAAUGGGUUCUUGUUCCAAGACUGAUCUGGCCAUGAACAUGCUUUCACUCAAUUCUACUCCUCUCCAUGAUAGGAAAGGAAACUGGAUCACUACAGAUUCCGAAUUUGUGGUGCUAGAGCUAUGAAGGGAAACAAGAAGCCUGUAGAUGAUUCUCCAUGGAUGAAUCAAGUGAAUGCUUGAAGAAAUGUAUUAUGUGCUAGGAUCAUUUUUUUUUUGUUUUGUUUUUUUUGCUGGGAGGGUUAAUUUUGAGAUAAUUAAGUAGAUGAUUUAGUUGUAACAUCAGCUGUAAGGAUCUGAAAAUGGAAGCAGAUUAAUGAAGAUGGCCUACCUGCAUAGUAAUCUGACCAACUUUUUUUAAUUUG